CACCGAACUGAUCGAGCCGCAUCAGGAAGCAGGCGCCAGGGCCACCCACAGGAUCUGUACACUGUGUUACAACUGCGGCAGGGGCGGCGGCGGGGCGCCAUGACGUUUGCGGUCAAAAUCAAGAAGUGGCAUGCCGUCGCUAGCUGGACGUGGAACGCAGGCGACGAUGUGUGCGGCAUCUGCCGCAUGCCCUUUGACGGCUGCCCGCCCGAUGGCAAGUACCCAGGCGACGACAGCCCGGUGGUCUGGGGCAUCUGCACCCACGCGUUCCACCUGCAGUGCAUCAACAGGUGGCUGCAGAGCCAGGCGGAGCAGAAGUGCCCCUUCUGCCGGCGGCAGUGGGAGUUUAAACAAGCCGCCAUAGGCGGCGAAGACUCGGAUGCCUAACCAAUGUUCCACCAGGGGCUGAAUCCCUGCGGCCUUAUCUGACACUACUUCACUCCUUCAGCAGCCAAGGCUGAUGCUUUCAAGCCUCAUCUGUCUCUCAUGCUCUCCUCCCGCUUUCCUCUGAACCUGCUUGCCAUCCCUUCGCUGCUCAGUUCUGCCUUGCAUCGCAAUUUGCAAUGGCGCCUUGUUUUAACAGACAAUAAC